AGACAGUAUUAGUGUCAUUGCUGUACAACAUAACCUUUUGUCGCACAAUGUCAGAUCAAAGUAAUAAAAUCUGUUUUCUUCCAAAAAACAUUUAUUCUCGGAUAUAAAAUGGCUAAAUUCAUUGCCCAGAUAAUAAUAACAGGUGCCCAAGUUGUUGGUAGAGCUUUUGCAAAGGCUAUUAAAGAAGAAAUAGCAGCAUCUCAAGAAGCAGCAAGAAGGUUAGGAAACGCAAGAUCAAAAACUGAAAGUGCCGGAAAUGUAAAGAUAGGUCUCUCUUUAGAAGAAGCAAAACAAAUUUUAAACGUAUCCCAACUGAACAAAGAUGAAAUCCAAAAGAGGUUUGAUCACCUUUUCAAAGUAAAUGAUAAAGAACAUGGAGGUUCAUUUUAUAUUCAAUCUAAAAUUGUAAGGGCAAAAGAACGAUUGGAUUAUGAAUUAGAACAGAAUCAACCUAAGCAAAAAGACAACACGACGUGAAUAGUGUUUUAUAGCUUAUUACUUAAUUGUAAUUAGGAAUCAAAUAUGUAGCUUAAUUAAAUAUUUUAUGAGCGUGAAUGUACAUAAUGUAAUUAUUUUAAAUACACAUUCAUUACUUA